AGGCUGGACUGCUUUCAUGCGUUUGUUUCUCUCUCCUCUUUCUUGCCUUAAUUGCGGGGCUGAGUGACUCCGUUUUCGUCCCCUCUUUCUGCCGUGGCUUUUAGUGCGCUCACCACCUUCCACCAUUACGUCCCCCAGCAAAACGGACUUUUUAGCGCUUGCUUCUCGGACUCAACAGAGAAAGAGAAUCGUCGCCGCUGCGGUUGGUAUCGUCAUGGUUUUGGCUCUCAUCAUCGCGAUUCCCCUGCUGGUCCAAACUUCAAAGACCGAUGCGCACUACGAGAUGAUGGGCACCUGUCGGAUGAUAUGUGACCCGUACAACCCCAAACCGAGCGCCACGGCUCUGGAGGUCAUGCAAGACCUGAGCGCCAUGCCUUCUACGACCUUUGUUCAAGGGACUAAAGGCGAGCCGGGUCGGCCGGGGAAACCCGGGCCCAGGGGCCCGCCAGGCGAACCGGGUCCUCCCGGUCCGAGAGGGCCGCCGGGGGAUAGAGGAGAUUCAGGAAAGACGGGGUAUCCCGGGGUAGUAGGCACAGCGCGGACCGAGACCGGCGAUGAUCUGAGCUCUGCUAUUGGCAGGGCAAAGAUAGCCUUUUAUGUGGGUCUGAAAAACCCUCACGAGGGAUACGAAGUGUUAAGGUUCGACGACGUUGUAACUAACCUGGGGAAGCACUACGACCCGACGACCGGCAAGUUCACAUGCCAGGUGUCUGGGAUUUACUACUUCACCUAUCAUGUGCUGAUGCGCGGUGGAGACGGGACGAGCAUGUGGGCAGACUUAUGCAAAAACGGACAGGUCCGAGCCAGUGCCAUAGCACAGGACGCCGACCAGAACUAUGACUACGCCAGCAACAGCGUCGUCCUGCAUCUGGACUCCGGUGAUGAAAUUUAUGUGAAACUGGACGGCGGCAAGGCGCACGGCGGGAACAAUAACAAAUACAGCACGUUUUCCGGUUUCCUUUUGUACCCGGACUAAUAUGGGAUUGCACCAGUACAUCCCAGAUCUGUGAUAAAAGAAGUAAAGUUCUUUUUAAUAUAAUCAACAGCUUAGAUCAGACCGAAAAGAGGAAGAUGCCAUCCUGCAACGAAGUCUGGAUGAUUCUUUUUUGCCUGCAGGCAGGAAUGAAAUCAUUUCACUUAUUUCCACAAUGUUUGCUGAUUUUCUUUAACAAACAAAAAGUACCUCUCCACUAUGUUCAAGGACCCUUCUGAAACGGUUUGUUCUCCUUUGCAAAUAAGUUAAAUUAUUAUGAUCAAAUAAUUUGAUCAAAAGUAUAGAAAUAUAAUAAGCUCAGAGUUAUUUCCCCCGUUGAAUUGCCCUCACAAGAUGGAAUCCCAGUCUGUAUUUGCAGUGCAGGUGUUGUUGCGUUUUCUUUUUGUGCAUUUUGUUGAGUUGAGGUUAUUCAUGGUUCUGUAGAGGUGUACUGAAAGGGAACUGAAAAAGGCCUUAAUAACCGAGGGCUUUGCUGUAUGAGCUGUUGCUAUUCUUGGUUGAAAGUGUUUCUCAUAAAGAUACAGUCUAUACAUAUGUAUGCACUAUAUAUAUUUAUUCAAAAAGAAAUGAAAAUCAGUGAACCCUGUAGACUACAAUUAACUGUCCAUCCGGUGUUGAAAAAAAUGUUUAUAUGUCUUCAUAUCCUGGUAUAAAUGUUGGUUAAUUAUUUCAAUAAAUGAUUAUGUUUUCUAA